AAGUUACCCAAACGACAUGGGCAUCCCAGGCGGGUUCGGUGUUGCUCUCGUCGGAGGUUUAGUCUCUGCUGCAUUAUAUGGCAUAACAAUUCUCCAGACUUAUGUGUAUUUUAUGCACUGCUCUGAGGAUGCCUUGAUCACGAAGCUCCUCGUUGCUGCCACAUGGAUUCUCGAUACUCUACAUAUGUCGCUCAUGGGACAUCUCUUGUAUUACUACCUGAUAACUAACUACGGUGUCCCAACGAGUUUGAAGUACAUUGUCUGGUCAUACCCGGUGUCGCUUCUGGUGAAUGUACUUGUAGUUGUCGUAGUUCAACUCUUCUUCGCACACAAAAUAUAUUGUCUUUGUCGCCCUCAAUUAAAAUGGUUGUUGACCACCCUAGUUAUACUACUAGUACUUAUUCGCUUCGUAGGGGGCAUGGGCUUGGGCGCUGUGAUGUUCGUCCAUAAUGAGGCGACCAUCUUUACACAGAUUAGGUUUUCCGUUAUAAUACCCACUGGGACCACCUUCAUACUAUCUGAGGGUCUGAUUACGAUGUUACUUUGCGUACUUUUAUAUGGUGGCUCUCGCGACGGGCUCCCAAGAACGAAACGUCUCCUGAAUACACUUAUCGUCUAUGCUGUUAACCGGUGUUUGUUGACUUUAUUAGUCGCCAUUGCAAUGUUCAGCAUGACCGUUGAAGUCCAAGAUUCAUGGUCAAUGGGAUUAGACUUCAUCAUUGGAAGGUUAUAUACCAACUCGCUUCUAGCAUCGCUGAAUGCCCGCCAGUACCUUCGAUCCCAGAAUCCAGAAACUGCGGUACAUCUACACAUGAAUGCUAUCGACUUCGCGGACCCACAGAAGCUUUCGGGGCAAGGUGAGAGCCAAAAGGAUGGAGAAGUACCAGCAUCGUCAAUGGCAUUCGCAUCUCGAGACAGCGAGUUAGCCGAAGUGGACGUUGACCCGGGUCAAGGUAUUGCAGAGGAGAUAUGGAUGGCACGAGAGGAGAUGGAGACUGAGUGUCGAGGGCGUUGAAACAGUGGUAUAAGACGCAGUGUCCAUGUUCUUUUUCAUUCCUUUCAGUUCCCUUUUGUUCCUUUUUUUCUCUUGUUCAGUUCGUUUAAUUUUUGUCGGUUUGGAUUUUCGGUCGUUCACCGGCAUUGAAGCAUAUGGUUAUCGGUAUUUGGAGGUGUGUCCAUGCGCAACGGGAAGAUCGUGUAUAAGUACCAGUUCUAUGUAAGACCUACGAGAGGACCUUCGGGAUAACCUACCAUACAAUGGACUGGAUUCAUGAUGAAGGUGGUGCCGUGGUCGUUGGCUACUUACUUGGUUCCCGGAAUAUUUUCCUACCGUCAGACCUGUUGGUG